AUGGCGCAGACCGUGGCGGACCUGGACUUUGACCCGAUCGCGCUCCUCGAGCAGGAGCUCGGCUCCAACGAUCGGUCCGCGCGGCUGCGGGCCGUCAAGGGCCUGCCGGCGCUCGCGACGGCCUGCGGCGUCGAGGUCACGCGGACCAAGAUCCUGAGCAUCCUCGCGGAGCACGUCCGCCAGGAGGAGGAGGACGAGGUCCAGUACCGCAUCGCCAUGGCGCGCCUCCUCGGGGACUUCAGCGCCCUGCUCGGCGGGGACCAGCACGGCGCCCUGCUCUUCGACCUGCUGCAGAGCCUCGCGCGCAUCGAGGAGACCAUGGUCCGCGCCAAGGCCGUCGCGUCGCUGUCGUCGGUCUUCGCGUCGGUCGACGUGUCGUCCGGCGGCGCGGAGGUCGGCGCGUCGGCCGUGAAGAUCGUGAGCGGCAUGGCGGACCCCGGCGCCGACGCGACGGGCUUCGGCGCCAAGGUGUCCGCGGCGUCCGUCUGCGCGGCGGCCGCGGCGCUCCUCGAGCGCUGCGGCGUCGACGAGGCCGUGAAGAAGGAGCUCCGGGACGUCUACGCGCGCAUCUGCGCCGACGACGCGCCCAUCGUGCGCCGGGCCGCGGCCCACGAGCUCGCGGCCAUGUGCGAGGCCGUCGCGGGCGCCGAGGCCUUCGACGGCGACCUGAGCGCGACGGCGAUGAAGCUCAUCGGCGACGAGCACGACGCGGUGCGCCUCAUCGCCGUGGAGCAGCUCGGGCGCGUGCUCGGGAGCGAGCGCUGCGCGGCGGCGGCGGCCAAGUGGGCGUCGGGCGCGCGCGCGCGCCUCGCGGACGACGCGCGCGCGGCGGCCGCCGCGGGCGACGGCGACGACGCGGAGCCCGCGGAGGAGCCCUGGUACGCCUACGAGCCCGGCGUCCACGUCGUGGCCACGGCCCACGUCGACGCGUCCUGGCGCGUGCGCGAGUCCCUGGCCAAGUCGUUCGCGGGCUACGUCGCGUACGCGCGACGGUCCGUGCCCGACGACGGCGUCGGCGGCUGCUCGAAGCUCGACCUGGGCCUGGGCCUGCUCAGCAUGUUCGCGGCGCUCUUCGACGACGCCGAGGUCGAGGUGCGCGUCGCGGCGCACAAGUCGACGAACGACGUCGCGGCGACGUGGUCGGCGUGCUUCGCGCGGCACGGCGACUGCGUCGAGGCCGCGGGCCGCGGCGCGGACGCGCCGGAGCUCAAGGUGCGCAUGGCCGCGGCCUGCGCGCUGACGAAGCUCCUGGCGACGCUGACGCCGCUGCAGGCGCCGGGCGCCGCGGGCCCGCCGCCGCCGGCCGACGCCGCGGAGCUCGCCAAGGCGCAGCGCGCGCUCUUCGACGUCGUCGAGGCCAAGCUCUUCGCCGACGAGCACGUCGACGUGCUCCUGGCGACGCUGCGCGAGCUCGCCGUGGCCGUGCCGCUGCUCGAGGGCGACAGCGCCGCGCGCGUCGCGGCGCUCGUCGAGUCGACGGCGCACGACAACUGGCGGGUCCGCGCGGCGCUCAACGGCGCGCUGCCCGCGGUGGCCCUGGCCCGGGGCAAGGACGCCUUCGAGGCCCAGCUCCUCGAGGGCUUCGUGCGAUCCUUCCAGGACCGCAUCUCCGAGGUGCGGACGUCGGCCGUCGCCGUGCUCGGCGAGCUCCGCGCGCUCAAGAAGCCCGACGGCGCCACGGGGUUGCCCACGGACGAGGCCUUGUUCGACGGCGACUGGCUCAUGGAGAAGAUCGGCAAGCGCCUCUCGGAGCUCUACCUCACCAUGUCCUACUACCUCUACCGCAUCACCAUCGUCGCGGCGUUCGAGCGACUCGCGCACGAUGACGUCGCGGCCGAGCACAUGGAGACCAUCGUCCUCUUCCUCGUCGACGGCGCCCGCGACGACGUGCCCAACGUGCGCUUCACGGCCGUCAAGGCGCUCGAGACCGUGAGCCUCCACGCGAACGACCGCCUCGUCGCGAACUUCAUCAAGCCCGUGCUCAACGAGCUCCUGGCGAACGACACGGACGCGGACGUCCGGAACUACGUCAAGGGCGCCAUCGCCGCGCUCUAGAAACGGGCGCAAACGUCCCCAAGACCCAGGGACGCCAGCGCACCGAAAAAACACGACCUCCGGCGCGCCGGCGCGCGGCGUCCGCCACCGCGCCGCGCGCGCCGCGGCGGGGCCCACGACCGGGCCCGGCCCUCAACGCGCGACCACACCUUCGCAUCAACCUCCGGGACCGCCCCGGCCGGCGUCGCGCCGGUCCAUAUAAAGGCGACCCCUCC